UUAUCAAUGAAAUAAACGAAUCAAAAGUUAGAGCAACAACUAAAAUUGCAAUAACAAAACGAAGCAUAAUUGGCAUCAGCUCUUGAAUAUUUCAUAAAUCCAACAUCUUAAAAUAAUUAAUUAAUAGAUUCUUUGCUUCAGAUAUAAUUUUUUAAAAACAACUGUCCUGAAGGAACUUAGCUUCGUGAUUUUGUAACACAAGCAACAUAAUAUGCUAAAUAUGAGUGUUUUUCUUAUGGAUAGAUAAUUUUCAAUUAUGGAGAAUUUGGUGACAAGAUGUAUAUCAUAUUGAAAGGUUAGGCUGGAGUUUAUGUUCCUAAAUCAAAAGAAGAAAUUCAAGAAGAGCUGGCUUAAUUAAAUAUGAAAAAAAGCAAGAGAAUGCUUUUCAUAGAUGAUGCAUUGUAUGAAAAUAGAGAAAAUCCUUUUUACUUUUAAGAUGGAGUAUUUAACUUUCAUAAAGUAAUAAUUAUAAUGAUAAAAUAAAUAGGUAUUUUAGUACAUUUCUGGAUAAUGUUUUGGAGAUGUUGCAUUAACUUCUGAUAAACCUAGGACAGCUAGUUUGAUUGCAAUAUCAGAUAACUUACAUUGUAUAUCAAUUAAUCGUAAUUAAUAUAAAAUGAUGUGUGAAAAGGCGAUUUAAGAACAAAGCAAAACUAUGGGUUUAUAUGCUAAAAUCUUUCCUGGAAUAUAAACUUUUAGUAUCUCAAAAUUUGUAUAAAAUUUAAGACCUAUUAAAUUUGCAUCAUAAUCUAUACUUUGGUAAAAAGGGGAUGAACCUCAAUAUCUUUUUAUUAUAUUAAGUGGAAGAGUUGACAUAUAUAUGAAUAUUGAAGAUUAAAAAGUUAUUUAGAAUAAAUAUAUGCCUAAUAAUGCAUUUACUAUUGUGCUAAAAAAAAUUAUUGUAAUUAUAUUAAUUUUAUCAUUAGCUAAGUUAAGUAACAGAUGGAGGUAUUGUAGGUUAAGAUGAACUUAUUGAAGAACUAUCUUAACGAAAACAUAAUUGCCAAUGUGUUGAUAAUACUAUUGCUUAUUAUAUGGAAGCUGAAGUGUUAAGAAAAAUUAGAAAAAAUUUUCCAGAUAUUGUUAACCUACUAAAAUAAAUUUAAGACUAAAAUAAUUAAUACAUCUCUUAAAGAAAAUAGUAAGUUUUAUAAAGCAUUUAAAGUUAUUAAUAAUAUAUCAGUAACACUGCUUAAAAUUUAGUUAAUCCAAAAUCAUUUUAUGAGUAUUUAGAUUUAUAAAAAAGACAAUUAGAUUAAUCUAAAGUUUUAAGAUCUGAAAAUAAAAAACUAUUGACUCUUUCUUAAAGUGUAAAAAGAAAUCAAGAAGCUUUUUAAUAAAAGUACAAAGAUAAAUCCCCAAAAGAUUUAAUUGUAGCGAAUUCAGAAUUAUAAUAAAACAUUUAAGAAAAAUAAGAAAGACUUUAUUAUAUUAAUAAUAAAAAUCUUCAGUAUAAAAAUUCUAAAUCAAAGUUAGGAUUGAGUCUCUCUAACGAAAUUAAAAAUUUUAAACUAAAUUUAUCAAAAUCUACAUCUAAAUUUAAUCAAUCAGAAUAGAACUUAGAAAAUUUAAUUAAUUUUCAACACUUAUAAUAUUUAAAUGAUGGAUCUUCAUUAUCUCCAUCAAACAAUAAAUUAUUAUAAAUGAACCAAUAACCUGCAAAUGAUUCUUUAAAAAAAUAAUAAAUCUUACUUUAAAAGAUUUAAACAUCAAUAAAACCAAGAAAUAGUAACAAUGAUUCCUUAUCAUAUCGUAAUUUAAGAAGUCUUCAUUCUCAAAGUAAUAUUAAAAAAGGAAUUAAAACUGAUUAAAGUUUCAAUAAUGAAUAAAUACCACAGUAAUUGUUUGUUACAUCUUGUAGAAAUAAAUAUGAAAAAUCUCCACAAUCAUUUCCUAGGUUAUUAUUAAUAGAAAAUGAUAACAAUUGA